AUGCGGCGCAGUAUAACAGCAGUCGAGGUUCAAGCUCGGAGUUUCCGUUUUCAAAAGUUUUUCAAGUCCGACCCAACCAGAAGCACAAAGUUCCCAGCAGCCAAAACAAGUCUGGGACUAAAAGGUGCUCUCUUUUAUAAGUAUGCACAUUCCGACGGAUACUCUUAUUGCGAGCAAACCACAGGUACUCGCAGUACGUUUCACACGAGUUUGACGACAGCAGAGCAAGGCGGUUUUUGUACAUUUUGCGGGUUUUUGUCGGCAGCAACUUCGGGCUACCGAGUUUCAAGAUCGAUCUCUAACGGACCUUUAGCGACAUUCGACGGAUCCCCAUCGAGUUUCAAGAUCGAUGAGGGCAGCGGAAAUCCCUCAAGUUUCAGCGUUGUUUGAGCGACUUUCGAGAGCAGAGACGCAGGAUAGUUUUGCAGAUUUUCGACAACUUUCAAGUCAUAUUUUGCAGCAAGUUUGCUACCUUUUUGCAUGAAUCCGCACCCAGAUAGCGGGUUCUCUUAACUUCGCACAGGCACCCUGUUGAGCACACCGUGGUGCAUUUGCCAGCCACCAACUUCCCUACCGAGUGGAAGAAUUGGCGACCAAGCAAAUACAGCCGGACCAGAGAACUAACACACUAAAAGUACGCACUUCUGAGGACAGCAGUGAGCCAGCUGCUUUCUAAACGAACUAUCUCUACGCUUCUACCUUACCUAUGGGCAGAUAAAACUAAGGACCAAAAAAGUUAUUGUUUAAUGGCGUCAAACAUUAACCGGCCGCAAGACAGACAGUUCUGUAGCGUGCCUCAUUCACUCCUUCCACGGAUUUACUAGUCCUCGAGUUACCGUGAACUCGGCACCAUUAGGGGGAGGGGUGGAUGUAACCAGAACUGACAGUCAAGAGUUGUCAAGAGAACUGGCACGUUGUG